AUGGCAGUACGAACUAUGUCCCCACUAUCUGUGGCAUGUCCUGGACGUUUCCGCUUAGACCCGCUUGAAACAUUCCUACGUUCACUGACCCUAGCGGUUCUUGUUUCCAUCAAAUCAUCAGGCGACAUGUUCAAUCCCGGACUGUACAUUGGCGGAAAGUCUAAAAAGAAAGGAGAAGAAGAAGAAGUCGCCGCCGUUCAUAAUCCUUUUGUUCCGCCGCCGUCUGUCACCGACCGCCCUCGCCGUUGUUCCUCGUCGCCGUCUGCCACUUUAGAAAUAGGAAAGGAAGAUGAAGUAUCGGGAAAUAUUGGUUCUGGUUCUAUGUUUGCUUCGGUUUGUUCUUGGAGCGUAUGGAUUGUUGGAAAGGCAGUGAAUAAUUUCUUAAAGAAAAUGGGAAUAUCAUUACAUUUUCACCCAUAGGUAAAGUGUUUGGCUCUAAUGAAAGUGGAAUUCAAUUGGGUAAAGUUAAAAGUGUUUGAUAGAGGGUGAGAUUUACUUAUGCAAACUGAUUUUAAUGGUUUAAGUAGGAGAAUUCAGUUUGAUGAAAGAAAAUGUUUGAAUGGUGUUGUAGGUGUUUGAUACAGUAGUCGGGGAAAUUGCAAUUAUUACGAACUGAACCAAGUUCCACAACAGGGCUGAUCAUAGUUGCGCCAGUUGAAGAUUCAAAAUCCACGUGUUGGGUGUUCUUGAUAUUGCUUGUAGAAUGAUUGAAGUCAUAUCAAACUGAAAGCUAAGCGAUUGUGUAGAAAGUCAGACGAUCGUUGAAGGUUUGAGAAGGCGUUUAAGAUUUCUUAUUUAAGUUUUGUAUUAGGAUCUUGUUUCAUGUACCAUUGUAGAAUAUAUAAACAUAAUAUAAGAUUCCAUUUUGUGUAUACAAAUGUAAAAGACAAAUAUUAUAGUUUCUAAAAUAAUAUUAAUUUUAUUGAUU